AUGACUACUGUUUCACAAUUUUUAGGUAGCAGAUGGCAGCAGUUGUUGAGCGAUAUUUUCGACAAGGGAGGAUUCGACAAAGUUCUCACUCUGCUCAAUUUGAAAUCUGCUGGUCAUUGUACACUCGCUGCAGCCAUUAUUGCUCCCAUUGUACUAGCAUUCGUUCGCUGA